AUGUUCCGUCAACGAACAAGUUCGCAAAAGCCCGGCGAUGACCUGCUGGCCAACUUCAGGCAACAAUUUCCUGAAGUCGCCGUCGUCGGCUCAUCCGCCACUGCAGCCGCUCCGGCUAGAACGGCGACCGCGGGGCAGCAUGCCGAUGUUCCCGGCACCGGACCGGAAAGGUCCCAUAGCAUCAGCCAUGAAGCAUUCCGGGAUCAAGACCCGACCCCACGGGCAUCUAACGACCCCUGGCGGUUCACUCCGUCCUUGCUAGACGCGGGCACAUUCUCGUUCACCAACUUCCCAAACCAGGCCCCAGGCUAUUAUGCCCCUACCCCAGGGGGAACCAAUACUCUCUACCACCCGCAGGCUGGCGACCUUCACACGCCCACCUUGGGUCUGGGCAUGGGCCUUGGGACUCCAUUGUCUAUGCCAAAUUCUGAGGGCGCAAUACAGUCGGGUGCGGUGCACGCAACCGCAGUACACCCAGGCGCGGGUCCCAUGGAUAUGGGUGGUUUUCAUCAUGGGUUUCACCAGCAGCCUUUCCAACAGUACAAUCCCUUCAUCCAGGCCCCUCCACCACAGCCGUCUUUCGCACCAUCGUCAUUCAUGCACCAAGAUACCGGUUAUGAAACAAUGGAUCAGGGGUCGCCGAUGGACUCUGAGCAUGCCGAUGACCGCAUUCGAACUAUCGACGCAAAUUUCCAGACCCAAACUCCCAUGGUCGCUUUCCAAACACGACAGUUUGGGAUGGCCACAGCCGUGCAUAUCCCAGCAUCGGCCGAAAAGUUCCGCUUCCACACAGCUCUCAACGCUCCGACGGCUAUGAUCAAGCACGCCGAUGAGAUACCCGUUACCUACCUAAACAAGGGCCAGGCAUACUCGUUAUCCAUCGUGGAUACGAUGCCUACCCUCCCCAUUGUUCCCGGCACGCGAUUCCGGACGUUUGUGCGAGUCUCAUUUGAGGACGAACAACAGCGGGCGAAACCGGGGGUAUGCUGGAGCUUAUGGAAAGAAGGGCGAGGCACAAACGAGGCGCACCAAAGGGGAGGAAAACUACAGGCGGUCGAGUAUGUUGAGGCGGGGCAGCCGGCGGAAGGUGACGACAAGAAGACGCGCAUUGAGUUAGAAACCUCAUCAUUUGACGGUUUCUCGGUCAUUUGGACCCCUGGUGUGAACGGGACCGCCGUUGAGUGCAACAUUGCCGUCCGCUUCAACUUCCUUUCAACCGACUUCAGCCAUUCCAAGGGAGUGAAGGGCAUCCCCGUCAGGCUUUGCGCCAAGACGCACCUGUUCCCAGCGGACGGGUCGUCCCCCUCCGAUACCGCCAACGCACCCGAGAUUUGCUACUGCAAAGUCAAGCUGUUCCGCGACCAUGGCGCUGAGCGCAAACUCUCUAACGACGUGGCGCACAUCCGCAAGACCAUCGACAAGCUGAAGCAGCAAAUUGCGCAAGCCGAGAGCGGCAUGAAAGACUUCGGCAAGCGCAAGAGAACGGGCGGUGGCUCGCAAAUGAAGGGUCAGAACGGGCAACGGCCCGGCAAGGUGCAGAAGCACAAGCGCACGUGGUCCAUGUCCUCUGCCAGCUCAGCGGGCGGCGGUUCACGGGCACCUCUGGAGGAGGAUCUCCACUUCAAGCUCCAAACUCUUCAGGACAUGUUCACCAGCACCCGGCCCGUGAGCAUAUUAUACCUACGUGGCGAGCCCUCGGACGACCCCGACCUCCACCCAGUCUCCCUUCCCGGCGACUCCCUCGAUCUCAGCAAGGUUGAAUCGCGCGACAGCAACACUUGGCGCAGCGGGCGAAGCUCCGUCACAGGUUCCUCGCUCGUCUCGCCCUCCCCAAGCUCACUAUCGCUACAUUCACAAACCUCCAUCGGCGGCAAACCGCCCCAAUGGCAGGAUUACCAAAUGGGCGGCAACACCUCGGACCCUUCGUCACGCGACAAUCUUCAUUCCCACCAACAUCAACCCACUAGAGUCCGCCAGGUUGACGAGGCAGGCAACCUGACAGGCUGGAUCGAAGCCCUCGGCGUCGACGCCGCCUACCGCCCACCGGCGGACCGCGCUACCCCCAAGCCCGUUGCGUGCUUCUACGUCGCGCGUCGCACGUCCGCCAACGAUGCCUCUUCGGGUGCCGGACAGGAGCUCCACCGCGCCGUCUACCUCACGCAGCGCUCGCUGGGCGAACUAGUCCGGCGCCUCGCGGCCAAGUGGCAGUUUGACGCGGCCCGGGUGAUGCGCACCGUACACGUAGUCGAACCGCGCGGUCUCGAGGUUGAGAUGGACGACGACGUCGUCCGCGAGCUCCCUGAGGGCCUGGACAUGACGCUCGAGAUCGCCGAGAUCGGCAGCCCACCGGCUGGUGGCGCCGUGAAGCGCGAGUGGGAGAUGGCGCUCGACGCCCCCGGCGAGUCGGACCUCCCGUCGCCCGAAAGCAAUUCCGCGCUCGGAGUUAUUGAGCUGCGGCUGCGAUACUAG